CCCAACGCCAUGAACGACCGUCCUCCACAGCCGCCUGCGCGCCUAAUUGACCUCCGGACCACCACUGAAAUCCUCAAACAAACCACCACCACCAUCUUCUCCACACGCCAUCAUCUCCUUAUCUUUCUCUAUCUUUCCUUCCUUUUGCUUUCUCUACGUGCUAGCGUCGAAAACGCCACUCAUUCCCUCACUUCCUUCAUCGAUAACGACCCUUCCAUAAAAUCUCUCCUCUCUCGAAUUCAACUCCCCCCCAAUCCCACCACGAUCACCACCAGACAACGCCGCCGCCACCGCCCCUUUCUCCAGCUCACCCGCGUCGGCACUCUAGACGACGAUUUCUUCUCAGGAGACGAAGAACUCGAUCAUCGAUUCUUUGGAAGCCUCUCCAAACCCCAAUUAAAUGCCACCUCAUUCAUACUCGACUCCUUCGAUCCCCAAUUGGGCUUCUCCAAUUUCGUGUCCGAUAACGGAAUUAGGGUAUCUGAAACCGUGCGUUCUAGUGCUAAGAUGACUUUCAGAUCAAUCGAGAUCAUAAAGGAAGAAGAAAAUGAAGUCGUUGAUGAUAGCAAUCAGUCUGCAGUGAUUGAUGGUAAGGCUGGAAGUAAAACCGUUUUGCAGUUCUUCUUGAAGAGGUUUGACCUAGAACAUCAUGAUUUGACCGCAUUGUUGUUUCUUGUUGGUGCUUUAUCUUCUUCCUAUGGGUUUGUGGUUCUCUUAUUUGUUGCUACUCAUGCUUGGGUUCAUGGGAUUAUAUUUGUACUGGUGGUGAACGAUUUCUUGGAGGGAUACAGGUCGUUCCUCAGGACUUUCUGGAAUGGUGCGUGUUUGGGUAUGAAAAGAUUGUCUGGGUUCAUUGUAAUGAGAUGGGUAGUCAGGGAUGCAUUGACUCAGCUGUUAGGUGUGUGGUUUUUUGGAGAAAUUGAGGAUCAAUAUUCAAUCUUUAAGAUUUUCGUUAGGUUGAAGUUUAUGCCAUUUUCAAUUGUGACUCCUUGGGUGAAAGGGUUUGAGAAGGAGAUUUAUGGUUUUAUGUUAUCAUGGUUCUUGUUGGAUAUGUUUAUGUCUUUUGUUUUUGCUGUGGAUGCUUGGGUGGCUAUGGUGGAUUCAAGAAAGAAUGGAAGGGAAGUUGUGAAAGAAGGUUGUCAUUUGUUGUCGUUGAUGGUGCAUCCUGCCAUCAAUCUCAAGUGUCUAGAAGGUAUUGUUUGUGGGUCAUUUGCAAGAUGGAUAUUGUUACAAUCCUUUGGCAAGUUGUUUGCUUCUGCUUUCCAGUCUCUUAUGGAGGUUUACUUUAUGGUGGCUUGGCUGAUGUAUUACUUCUCUGUGAAGUCCAUGGAUGCUAAUUCUAGUGGACAGCCUUUUGGUCGAAGAGAGCUUGAAGUCUUGCUCGAAGACGUUAGAUGAUACUUGAUGUGAAUUCUUGCAUUAUUUGCUCCCCACCCACAACCGUGAGUGCUUAAAUGAAGCGGAUCUUAUGAAACAGAUUGAAGAUGGCACAAAAAUUUCAUGGAAGGGGAUGUGGGAGCUCUUGUUGGCUGACGAGAAGCAGAGAACAAGCUAAAGACUUGUUGAGAGGAAAAAGACGUUUGAAACUUAGCAAUUAGGUCUUUUCUUAUGUUACUUAUCUUUUGGUCUAUGUAACUCUAUUGGUUCAAUAAAAGGAUUUUUAGGCUCAAUGUGGAACUCUUGUCGGUUGCAUCUUGGUUCCAUGUUACAUGGCAUUUUUCACUGCCACACCAUCCUACAUCACGAGGCGGGCUCCUUGAUAACCAUCAAGUUUCAUGAAAAUCCUGUUUGACUGAAUGGGAAUCGAGUUAACCCCUCUAAAUUCAAAGGCAGAAAGUGAUUCUUCGAUCCUGUGGGAGCG